AUGUCGAUAAUAACCAACUCUUCGCGAUAUAACUAUUACGACGAGACUUUCGAUAGUAAAUCGGAGUCAACAAUCGGUUCCGGCUUUUCAGCGACAGUAUAUCGGGUCAAACCCAGAGAUAAAGCCGAUGGCCAGACAUAUGCUGUUAAACGGAUCACAUUAUCUCGUUUGAAUGAAAAGCAAAAGUCAAACGCUAUGAAAGAGUCGGAAUUCUUGGUCAAAGUUAGCUCAGAAGUAGCUGUAAAGUACAUCGACUCGUGGCUCGAAGGGAACAGUUUGCUGUACAUCCAGAUGGAAGCCUGCGAUCAAAGUCUUCGGCACAUUCUUGAGGCCAAACGCCAGGCAUUCGGUCGACAAUCAGCGGAGGAGCCGAUGAAAUGCCACGAAUGGUACCUCUCGUGUCAUAUAUAUCGGGAACUGUUGGCGUGCGUCCAGUGUUUACACGACAUGAGACCUCAACUCAUCCAUCGGGACCUUAAGCCCGAGAAUGUGCUGAUCCAACGCCAGGCCAAUGGGCAGUGGUGUCUGAAACUGUGUGACUUCGGUCUCUCCACUCUUCAUAACGAUGCGAUGGAAUACUACAGGUCUUCCCAAAAGGACCAAAAGGAGUCCCACACACAAGACGUGGGAGACCUGAGAUAUAUCGCCCACGAAGUGGUCACCAGUCGUAAGUACGACACCAAAGCCGAUGUCUACAGUCUGGCCAUCAUUGGCGGCGAGUUGUUUGACAUCAAUGUCUCAGCUAUUAAUCUCAAUAACUUUCCCGAUGAUUACUUAACACGUGAUAAUCCCCUAAACGCUGCGGUCUAUGAAAUGCAUAAACUGUUGGACUCGAUGUUUGUAAUGAAACCGUCUCUAAGACCUAAUUGUGGUCAAGUGUUGGACAAAUACGACAACUGGUCUAUCGCUAAGACUGUUGUGCAAAAGGAUAGUGAAGUUGAUAUAACAGUAGACAAACUUCUAUCACUAGAAAACAAAUUUUUCUGCGAUUUCUUUCUAAACAAAUUACACGAUAAUUAA